CUUUCACAUGUUUUGAAGAUCCCACCAGAAAACUUGGUAAAAUCAAUCUGUGCUGUUCCAGUGUCAAAAAAUAGGCAGGCUGCUGACUUCCAGUUCUUUGUGAGUUCUGUGUUAGAUGCUAAUUCUACAGAUUACACAGCAUCAGAUAUUAAUCUUCAAGCAGAGAAGCUGGCAAACAAGCUAAAAUGUGAUGGAGUUGUGAGCAAAAUCAGCCCAGGUAAAGGAACAGUAGACUUCACAAUAAAUCGAGACUUAUUGGCAAAGGCAGUGUUGCAGCAGGUAUUUGAGGAUGGUUCUGAAUAUGGAAUAAAGAGCGAACUUUUCUCAGGAUUGCCAAAAAGAAAGGUUCUGAUUGAUUUUAGUUCACCCAACAUUGCAAAGAAGUUUCAUGUUGGUCACUUACGUUCUACAUUAAUAGGGAAUUUCAUAGCAAAUAUCAAUGAAGCGAUUGGACAUCAUGUGACAAGAAUAAAUUAUCUUGGAGAUUGGGGCAUGCAGUUUGGUCUGUUGGGAGCUGGCUUCCAAUGGUUUGGCUCUGAAGAAAAGCUAAAAUCUAAUCCUUUGCAGCAUCUUUUUGAGGUCUAUGUACAGGUCAACAAAGCUUCAGAAGAGGAUGAAAAUAUUAAAACUCUGGCACAAGAUUUCUUUAGAAAAUUGGAAGCACAGGAAGAAGAGGCAGUGUCACUGUGGCAGCAUUUUAGAGAUGUUAGCAUUGAAGAAUAUGCUCGGGUGUAUAAGCGUCUGGGAAUCUACUUUAAUGAAUAUUCUGGAGAAUCAUUUUAUCGAGAGAAAAGUCAGGACGUUCUAAAGAGGUUGAAUGCAAAAGGACUUCUUAAGAAAAUAGAAGGAGUAGGAAAAGUUUGUCUUUCUGAAAACGGAGACCAAGUUGCUGUAAUGCGUAGUGAUGGAACUUCGCUUUACCUAACAAGAGAUCUUGCUGCUGCUAUAGACAGAAUGGAAAAAUACAAGCCUGACAUUAUGUUAUACAUCACAGAUAAAAGUCAGAGCUCUCAUUUUCAACAGAUGUUCCAGAUAUUGAAAUUACUUGGUUUCAAUUGGGCAGAAAGGUGCCAGCAUGUGCCCUUUGGGAGAAUUCAAGGCAUGAAAACUCGAAAAGGAGAAGUGAUUUUCCUGGAAGAUGUUUUAAAUGAAACUUGUUCCAUGGUGUUAGAAAGACGUGCUUCUACAAAAACCACGAAAGAAUGUGACAAUCCUCCUGAGACUGCAGAACGGAUUGGGCUCGCAGCACUUAUCAUUCAGGACUUCAAAGGCCUCUUAUCAUCUGAUUAUCAGUUUAACUGGGAUCAUGUUCUUCAAAGCAAAGGCGAUACUGGUGUCUUUUUGCAAUACACGCAUGCCAGGCUGCACAGUUUAGAAGAAAUAUGUGGAACUGUCCAUCAAGGGACUCCCAUGAACACUGCUUGUUUACAAGAUCCACUAGCAAUAUCCUUACUUCAACAUCUUCUCAGAUAUGAUGAGAUUCUUUACCAAUCUUCACAAGAUCUUCAGCCCAAGCAUAUUGUUAAUCAUCUCUUUAAACUCAGUCAUUUAGUAUCUGCAGCUCACAAAAAUCUCCCUGUGAAAGGCAGCGCUCUGGAACUAGCUCAGGCAAGGCUCUGCCUUUUCCAUGCUGCUCGCUCUGUUCUAGCCAACGGACUGAAGCUUCUAGGAAUCACACCUGUAGAUAAAAUGUAAUGGAAAAACGUCCUUGAUGUUUAUUGUGGCUGUUGCUUUUAUGAAAAUUAUCUGACCUCCGAUUUAACUUUCAUGGCCUUUCCAGAUUGAUGGGAAUCUUCAGAAGGCCUUUUUAC